CCUGCCCUGCCCGCCCAGCUCGAUUCCUCCCGCCUUCGUUCCCUCCCUCCCCGGCGUUCGGGCCGCGCUCCUCGUUCUCGAUCUGCGGUGCCCGGCCGGCGGCCGCCGCCAGAGGAGGAGGUGGAGGGCGCCGGAGGUGCGGGUGGCGGCGGCGGCGGCGGCUGAGGAGGAGGCGGAGGAGGCCGCGGAGGCGGUGGCGGUAAGAUGGCGGACUUCCUGCCGUCCCGCUCCGUGCUGUCCGUGUGCUUCCCGGGCUGCCUGCUGACCAGCGGCGAGGCCGAGCAACAGCGUAAGUCGAAGGAGAUCGACAAAUGCCUGUCGCGGGAGAAGACGUACGUGAAGCGGCUGGUGAAGAUCCUACUACUGGGCGCCGGCGAGAGCGGCAAGUCCACCUUCCUCAAGCAGAUGAGGAUCAUCCAUGGGCAGGACUUCGACCAGCGGGCCCGGGAGGAGUUCCGCGCCACUAUCUACAGCAACGUGAUCAAAGGUGUGAGGGUCCUUGUAGAUGCUCGAGAGAAACUUCAUAUUCCUUGGGGAGAUAAUUCAAAUCAAGGCAAUGGAGACAAAAUGAUGGCUUUUGACACUCGAUCAGCUAUGGCAGCACAGGGAAUGGUGGAAACACAGGUUUUUUUGCAAUACCUUCCUGCAAUAAGAGCAUUAUGGGCAGAUAGUGGUAUCCAGCACGCUUAUGACCGACGUCGAGAAUUUCAACUGGGUGAAUCUGUAAAGUAUUUUCUGGACAACUUGGAUAAACUUGGAGAACCUGAUUACAUUCCAUCUCAGCAAGAUAUUCUGCUUGCACGAAGACCCACCAAAGGCAUUCAUGAGUAUGACUUUGAAAUAAAAAAUGUUCCUUUCAAAAUGGUUGACGUGGGUGGUCAAAGAUCAGAAAGGAAACGUUGGUUUGAAUGCUUCGACAGUGUAACAUCAAUACUUUUCCUUGUCUCUUCAAGUGAAUUUGACCAGGUGCUUAUGGAAGAUCGACUGACAAAUCGCCUUACAGAAUCUCUGAACAUUUUUGAAACAAUAGUCAACAACCGAGUUUUCAGCAAUGUCUCCAUAAUUCUCUUCUUAAAUAAGACAGACCUGCUUGAGGAAAAAGUGCAAAUUGUGAGCAUCAAAGACUAUUUCCUAGAAUUUGAAGGGGAUCCCCACUGCUUAACAGACGUCCAAACUUUCCUGGUGGAAUGUUUCCGUAACAAACGCCGGGACCAGCAGCAGAAGCCUUUAUAUCAUCAUUUCACCACUGCUAUUAACACAGAAAAUAUUCGACUUGUUUUUCGUGAUGUGAAGGACACUAUCCUUCAUGACAACCUCAAACAGCUUAUGCUACAGUGAUGUGCAAAAGACUUUAUUUUAAUCUCCUUUUGUGUUUGUUUGUUUGUUUUCUGGGAAUUUUUGUUGUUAUUGUCUGUUUUUAUAAAUAGCAGUUUACAACAGGACUACAAAACCUUAAUCCUGUGUUAAACUUUUUAAAAACCGUAGUCUGUCUUCUAUGGACUUUGGUUUGUGGCUGAAAGCUGCUGAAUACCACAUUAUUGCCAACUUCUGCUCAGAUUCAAGCUUUGAAUCUUUCCCACUGUGGCUUCAAGUUAAAUCAAAUUGUAAUUCUGUAGCAGACCUCAGUUAAAUUUACUUCAGGCUUCAGUCUCUGCCCACUUUUCCAAUUCUGAGCUGUAUUUCUGUAGCAGCUGUUAACUUGUAGGUAUGUGGUUAAGAUUAUUCAGUUCUAAAAAACAAGUAAGAUCUCUUUUUUGCCUUACACUCAGUAACUUAUCUAUCUUACAGUGACUCCAAGGGCUGUUGAAAAAGAUUUGAUCCAAGCUAUGGCAUUCCAUGGGCUUAUAGAUUUGGCCUUACUGUUUUUUAAUUGAUAUGCAACUAUUGGUUGUACAUUUUUUAAAAUUUGUGCUUUUUGAAAGUAAUGUUCUUAAUAUUUUAAAGUUUACAUAGGCAUUUCUGAUUUGAUGCUAAUCAAAGAGUAUUCACAGAUGGUACAAGGAAAGUCAAUAAAUAAGCAGAUCCUAUGUAGUAUUUUGGUCAAAAGUAAAUCAUGAAAUGUAACUUAAUUCUUCCUUGUUCCUAUUUAAGGAUGAUAUAUUACCAACAUACCAUGUGUUGAAUAUUCUGGCAAUAGUAGUAAAUCAAAGCUGCUUGCAACUUAAAUGAUAUGACUUUUAAAAUAAAACCUUUUCAGAAUUCUUAUAUUUGUUUAGCUCUCAGACUUUUAAGUCUUGUCUCAGAUGAUUUUGGUGAUUACUGUUUUUAAAAAAUACAAUUGCAACAUCACAGAUACUGUUCUUUUGCUAUUUUGAUCAUUUCAGUAACUUCAGUCUUUGAAGCAUUUUUGUGUUUCUUUGAAGCUUACUAUGGACAGUCAUUUCCCCUUCAAAUUCAGCAGAUCAUUAGAUGGGGUUAUCAUUAUUAAUUCUUGGUAUAUCUGUCCAAAGCAUACAACGUGUGGUUGUAUAAUUUCUAUUUAUGAAAUGCCAUUAUUUUUAGGUACAUUUUAAGUGCUAAACCAUAUGCUUUUAAGAAGUUAUAAUUGUUAUAACUCAGCUUAUAUCACAUAUAACUUAAAUAUGUGAUUAAAUUAAAUUUGACUCCCCACUGCUUCCUUUCAAAAAUCAUUAUUUUUGAAAUGUACUCCUGCUAAAUUGCUUCAUAAUUACAAAUGCACUCACUAUUAAGAUGAUCGGAAUGGUUGUGGUUGCAAUAACAAAUACUGUAUUUUAGGUUGUAUGUAAUCUUAGAACUUGGAUUUUAAAAAAACAUGCACGAUGCUUUUUAAAAAAUGAAACUUUUUCUCCUUUUUUAAAAUUGUGAUUAAGACUGUGACAUAGAUCACUUGACUGUAGCUGACUCUUCUCAGGUAUUUUAUUGAUUAGAAAUUCCUUGAAUGUGUGGUCAAAACUAUGUAUCAUCAAGUCUUUCAGGGGCUGAGUUCACUAAACUGUCUGGCUUUAGUUUAAAACUUCACAGUAAACUAUCCAAACAGGGAUUUUUCUUGGCAUUCUUGUUAAAGUAGAUUUCCUUUGACUUCAGGUCCUAUUACCAUCAUUCUAGAAUUAUUACCUUUCAGUAUUUCAGUGUGGUGAUGCAUGAGCAUUAAAACAUAGACUUCUAGAUGGCCUCUGAGAUCCCUUCUAGCUCUAGAUCUAUGAUCGUAUGAUGCGACUAGCAGAUUUCCAUGCAUGUCCGAAGUUUUUCCACAUCUAGUGCUUCUUGCCAAAAUGAACUUUUAAAAUGGUUUUAAAAUCCACAGGGUUAGAAUUAUUUCACUAGUGAAUAUCAGUAAAUAUAUUUACAUUAGGCUUUUCAUCAAUAAAUAGCUAUGUAAAUCUAACUUUUAUCAAAUGGUCAAAACAAAGCAUUUAGUGAAGACUAACAUGUUUUUAUAUAUAAAGAAAAAUGUUUAGUCUUUCUAAACCAUAUUUAAAGUAUAUUAUUGGAGCCAUAAAUAUUCACUAAAAAGAUAUGGUUACUAAAAUUGACCUGUUUAAAGCAAUCUGCAUUUUUUGGGCUGCCAUUAAGAGCUGUUAGUAACACCUACCAUAGAAUAAUCUUGGUAAUGAAGUGUUUAUUUCUACAAAUUGAAUGUGAUUUUUUUGAGUGACAUUAUUUUAACAUUUGGUAAUAGUUAUAAUGGAUUUUUAAAUCCAACCUUUAGAUCACAUUUUACAUAUCUUUGAAAACUUAGGGAAGUAGUCUUAAUUUUUGGAGCACUGAACUUACCUUUGAAAUACCACUAUGUAGGGAAGAAAAUGGUAAAAACUUAGGGGACAAGAUAAAUGAGGUUGCUUGCAGUUUUAUUUAUUUUUUUUUAAUAUGCCAAAAUAACAUUUUUUGGCUUAGUUGUUUUAAAAGAUCAAUUUAAAUGUAUUGUGCCUUAGAGCAUUUGGUUUUGUAAGCCUUUCUCGUGUUUUUGGGUAACACAUGCCUAGUUACAUUAUAUUAUGUAAUGUUUACUAACUCAGUGGUUGUAAACCUGAAUGCUUUUUAAUUUAAUUCUCAAGAAAUGCCACUAAAGUGUUUUAGUGGCUUUGGAGAAAUGUAUUCCACACAAUGUUGCUAUUUAAGUCAAACAAUAUAAAAAAAAUUGGACCUCAGUUUUACUAUACAUAUUUUUUCUUUAAGUUUUCUAAUGAUAUAAAUCCAAGGUGUUGUGCUUGUGCCAAUCAAAAUAGUUAUGAUUUCAUGAUGCCAUUUGAUUUAUCAUAUUCAAAAUGAAGCCAAACCGUGAAAUUUUUGAUGUGUUUGAUUCAGUUGCAAAAAUGCCUCCUUUUUUGCUGCCUGGAAAAUAUUUUUGGCCAAAGAAUGAAAAAAAGAGAAAAAGGAAGUUUGGGGGGAAUAGAAGGAAGUUUUCUACUGUUUGAUCUCUAUAGUGGAAUUUUAAAACCAACUUUCAGUUAGAUUGGACAAGCAUUUUGAAGUAGACAUUUAAAGUUAUAUUCUUUAAAAAUCAGUAUUGGGAAUAAUUGGGCAUUAUACCAGUUUAGAUUAAUAUAAUUUUUGUGGGAUAAGAGCUGGGUAAACCAAAAUUCAAAUUAUUAUUGUUUUUUGGAGAAAAUGUAUUUUAGCAUUAAUAUACAUACCCAGUUUUUUUCUUCGUAUUUAUGUGAAAUAAACUUACCAAAUUAUCUUCUUCCAUAUGUUGAAAUUUAAGUCGCCAUUUGGAAAAGUCCUCAAAUGUCAUUUUAAUAAGAUAAUACAUUUGGAUAGAGCCCAAAAUAAAGAAAUUUACAAUUUAAGCCACAUUCUUUCCAUUGCAGAUUUUCUAUAACAUGUGUUCUUUGUAUAUACAAGUGUAAGAAGAUGGAAUAUCAGUGUUAAUUCUGAAUUUCUUGAGUCCAUGAAAUCAUACUUGUUUAGCCUAUACAAAAAGUAAUGAUAAAUAGCCCCCCUGUAAUUUUUUUUUAAAGCCACAUUUGUUUUAAUUUUGGUUUGGAGAAUCUAAAAAAGAAACAGUAUCCAAUGUCUUUCUUAUUGAAAAUUAUUGUUUUGCUUUAAAAAAAAAACUGGGUCAGCCUUGUUUUCUUUUCUCAUUUCAAUAUUUGCAAUGUACCCUUGAAGUAGAUCUUUUAUGCUGCUUAAUUUUUUUAAUAUAUAUUAAUUCAUAAAUAGGAAAUUUGUUACCCUGUAGCAGGAUAUGCAGUGGUUACAUAGUAUGUGGUAGCCAAUAAGGGAAUGUAUUAUUAUUAAAGGUUUACAUCAAGGAACAGAUAAGUCCAUGGACUAAACAGAAGUAAAUAUUUAAUAACAAGGUUUGUGGUAAAAACCCAUGUUAUGGUACGAUGUCAGGGUUUAAUUAACUUAUAAUAGAGGUGGAAAUAUAGAAAUAAAGCUGAGGGUUUUGUUUGACAAUUUGAACUUUAACUAAAUGUAUUUUCCAAGUACCAUCAAGUAAAUAUUCAACUUAGUGUUGUAAGUAAUAACAUCAUUUGAGGUACAUAUUUGCAGACCACUAUCUUGCAGUCUCUUCACCUGUACUUGAAUGUAAUAUUAUCAUUUUCAAGAGAUUUCACUUUUGUGAUGCUUAAUCAUUUGGUUCCAAAUACCACUACUGUUCAUAUACAAAAGUAUAUUCCUUGUAAGCCUUAGAGGUUCAAGCAGUGCUUUUUGAAAAUUCUCAUAAUGCAGCCUUUUCUGCCACAGACUCUGUUGAUGAAAAUUUUGUCAGUCAGUCAAGUAUUAAGUAUCUACUAAGUUGCCAGGCAUUGUACACUGGUAAGUCAAGGGAUGAGACCCAUGGUGAGAAUUGAAUCCAAUGAAGACAUGAUAAUGAAAUAGUUCUGCCUUGUAUGUGACUGGUAUUUUACAUUACAGGACUGUUGCCUAGAUACUGCUUUAAAUCUGUGAAAAAGGGUUUUUUUGUCCUUAAAGCAGUGUUGUAAUGGACAUGCACCACUCAUCAACUAUUCCUUUUUAAUGGUACCAGAAAAAAAAUUGGUUUAGUUCUUGGAAAUUAUGCAACAUUGCUGCAAAUUGCUAUUUACCAUAUCUUUGCCUUUUACUUGAAAACAGGUAACUAAAUUGCAAAAUAUUUUAAAUCGCUUUUCUGUACUAUACAGUGGUGAGAGCUUAGUUACCAUAAGAAGCCUUAUCUAAAAAUAUAUUUUGUAACAACCGUAAUAGAUACUGUAUCAAAUAAAACAUGAUUUGUAUUAGCUCUGUAUAAAAAUAUUUGUGGCUUGGGACUUUUUAUACAUAGAACUUUUUAUAACUUUCCAGGGACUAAGUAUCAUCUGAUAUCAUUGUAAAUUUUACCAUCUGUACUUUAGUUUGAUUGGCAAUAAAUUAUUUCUAGAAGAGGUCUAAAAGAGGGAAACAUAAUUUGAUUUUAUAAGGUGAUUAAAUUGCUAGUAUAGUAAAGCUUUUUACUUUUGUACAUACUUCACAGACAUUUUGCUUUUUGCUAUUAAUAUUUGCAUUGUAAAAAUUACUGACAUUUAAUAAACACAUUU